AUGUUUAUUCUUUUUGUAAUCGUUUCUCUCAUCUCAUCAAUUAAUGCUACAUCCAUAAUAUCUCGCUCACAGUCCUACCCACUAUCUCAGCCCGCUGUACAUGGUCCUAAAACUCGAUUAACCAUAGGUAAUAGAUUCAUCGCUCCCGAUGGCUACAACCGCUCAGCAACUGUUGUUGAUGGCACAUUUCCUGGACCUUUGAUUACAGCCCAGAAGGGAGAUCAUUUUGACAUCGAAGUUGUCAACAAGCUGAAGGAUGACUCGAUGUUUGUGCUUACCAGUGUCAUAAGUAGUCACUGGCAUGGUAUCUCCCAGAAUAAGACGAAUUACGCGGAUGGCACGUCCUUCGUCACACAAUGCCCCAUUACGCCGAACCACUCUUUUUUAUAUCCUUUCUCCGCCCCGAAUCAGGCGGGCACUUACUGGUAUCACAGUCAUUAUUCUGUCCAAUAUUGUGAUGGUCUCAGGGGACCCCUGGUAAUCUAUGAUCCUCAAGACCCUUUGGCAUACAUGUACGAUGUCGACGAUGCAAGUACUGUGAUCACGCUUGCCGACUGGUAUCAUACUGUAGCUCCAGACUUACUUGACACUAUACCUGUUGCCCAGUCUAUGCUUAUCAACGGACACGGUCGCUAUGCUGGUGGACCCCAGUCUGAGCUUGCUGUGAUCAACGUCAUGCCGGGGAAGCGAUAUCGCCUGCGCUUGGUUCAAAUGUCAUGCGACUCCAACGUCCUGUUCUCCAUUGAUGGCCAUAAUUUAACUGUCGUCGAAGCGGAUGGACAACUGACAGUACCUCUGGUGGUAGAUCAGCUCCAGAUUUUUGCAGCUCAGCGCUACUCUGUGAUUCUAGUAACCGAUCAGCCAGUAGAUAACUACUGGGUACGCAGUCUUCCAGAUACGGCAAAUGCGACCUACGAUGGGGGAAUGAACUCUGCUAUCCUACGUUACCAAGGCGCCCCAGAGGCUGACCCGACUACACCUACGAACCCAUUGCAAGAGACAAACUUGCACGCUCUAAUCAACCCCGGUGCUCCUGGCAUUUCAGAGUAUGGUAAGGCAGAUAUCAACAUCGCCCUCGAUGUUUCCGUCACUGGCCUACAAUUCUUUGUCAAUAAUGUCACAUUCCAAUUCCCCACCGUUCCUGUUCUACUCCAAAUCCUUAGUGGAGCUCGAGACGCUUCUCAGCUCCUCCCACCCGGGAGUGUGUACGUUCUCGAGGCCAACAAAGUGAUAGAGUUGACGGUGGCAAUAACUGGUCCAGGCGGACCUUUGCGUCUUUUCCAUUCAUCCAAUAUCUUAUGUCACUCAUAUAUAUUGUACCAGCAUCCCAUACACCUUCACGGGCAUACAUUCGAUGUUGUACAGAGCGCGGGAAGCAGUACCUUCAAUUAUCAGAACCCCGUUCGCCGCGAUGUAGUCAGUGCUGGGAGCGCUGGGCAACAAAUGGUGAUACGAUGGGUCACCGACAAUUCUGGUCCCUGGUUCUUGCAUUGUCAUAUUGACUGGCAUCUUGCAGAUGGUUUUUCCGUGGUGAUGGCGGAAAGUCCCUCGGAUACCGACGCACAUGUGAGCCCCGUGCCGUAUGAAUGGGAUCGUUUAUGUCCAAUCUAUGACAAUUACCAGGGAUUGCCUCCUACGUUACCUGAGGGAGGUUUAGAUCUUAAUUGA